AUGUCUGCUCCAAUAUGGGACAAUUGGAAACAGAAAUUUCCCUCAACUCCGACAUUUUCACCGAAAAUCGAGAAUUUUUCUUUCUUUCUUUCUUUCUUUCUUUCUUUCUUUCUUUCUUUCUUUCUUUCUUUCUUUCUGUUCAUAUCCUUGUAUCUAAGUUUGUUUAUCUAUCUAUCUAUCUAUCUAUCUAUCUAUCUAUCUAUCUAUCUAUCUAUCUAUGUUUGUUUAUAUCUAUCUAUCUAUCUAUCUAUCUAUCUAUCUAUCUAUCUAUCUAAUUUGUUCACAUCUAUCUAUCUAUCUAUCUAUCUAUCUAUCUAUCUAUCUAUCUAUCUAUCUAUAAAAUACGAUAAAGCCAAGAAUAAUGAAAAUUCUGUUUAUAUCUAUCUAUCUAAGUCUAUUUAUAUCUAUCUAUCUAUCUAUCUAUCUAUCUAUCUAUCUAUCUAUAAAAAUACGAUAAAGCUAAGAAUAAUGAACUUUUAUGAAAUUGCGAGCAGGAGUCACCAGCUGUUGUAUAAUGUUUUACAAAUGAAGUUCCAGCCAGCCCUCGCCUAUGUAUCCGCUACAGUUUGCCAACGCUUGAUAUCUCCCCAGCUAUAUAUCAUCGCCUGGUCAUUAUCUAUCUAUCUAUCUAUCUAUCUAUCUAUCUAUCUCUCCAAAUUUAUUGAUGUAUCUAAGUUUCUUCAUAUCUAUCUAUCUGAUCAUAUCUUUGUUCACAUCUAUCUAUCUAUCUAUCUGUUCAUAUCCUUGUGUCUAAGUUUGUUUAUAUAUCUAUCUGUACAUAUCUUUGUAUAUAUGUUUAUUCAUCUAUCUAUCUAUCUAUCUAUCUAUCUAUCUAUCUAUCUAUCUAUCUAUCUAAGUCUGUUUAUAUCUAUCUAUCUAUCUAUCUAUCUAUCUAUCUAUCUAUCAAUCUAUCUAAAUUUAUUGAUGUAUCUAAGUUUCUUCAUAUCUAUCUAUGUGUUCAUAUCUAAGUUUGUUCACAUCUAUCUAUCUAUCUAUCUUUACAUAUCCUUGUAUAUAAGUUUGUUCAUCUAUCUAUCUAUCUAUCUAUCUAUCUAUCUAUCUAUCUAUCUAUCUAUCUCCUUGUAUCUAAGUUUGUUUAUAUAUCUAUCUGUACAUAUCCUUGUAUAUAAGUUUGUUCAUCUAUCUAUCUAUCUAUCUAUCUAUCUAUCUAUCUAUCUAUCUAUCUAUCUAUCUAUCUAUUCAUAUCCUUUAUCUAAUUUGUUUAUUUAUCUAUCUAUCUAUCUAUAUUUAUUGAUGUAUCUUAAUUUUCUUCUUCUUCUUAAUAUCUAUCUAUUCAUAUCUAAGUUUGUUCACAUCUAUCUAUCUAUCUAUCUAUCUAUCUAUCUAUCUAUCUAUCUAUCUAUCUAUCUAUCUAUCUCAGGCUACAACAAAAAUCAAUCAAUCUGUUUAUCCCUCCCUCCCUCUCUCUCUCUUUCUCUCUCUCUCUCUAUCUAUCUAUCUUUUUCUCAGUCUCAGUCUGUUCAUAUCUAUCUAUCUAUCUAUCUAUCUAUCUAUCUAUCUAUCUAUCUAUCUAUCUCAAUGUGUUCAUAUCGCAUAAGGGCGUUCUCAUUUCGCAUUCUUAUUUAUUCUCCGCUUGUAGAAUCUAUUAAAUCCUUCCUUUACUGCAAGGGAUCUAUCUAUCUAGGUCUGUUCAUAUCUAUCUACCUAUCUAAUUUCGCUUAUCUUUUUUUUUCUCUCUCUCUCUCUCUCUAUCUAUCUAUCUAUCUCUGUUUGAUCAUCUUUCUUUCUUUCUUUCUUUUUUCUUUCUUUCCAUCUAUCUUAUUUCGCUCAUGUUUCUCUCUCCCUUUCUUUCUCUCUCUCUAUCUAAAUUUUCUUAUCUAUCUAUCUAUCUAUCUAUCUAUCUAUCUAUCUAUCUAUCUAUCUAUCUAUCUAUCUAUCUCUCCGAUCUCUCUCUCUCUCUAUAUAUAUAUAUAUAUAUAUAUAUAUAUAUAUCACAGUGUGUUCAUUUAUCUCUCACUCCCUUUCUCUCUCUCUCUCUCUCUCUCUCAAUCUCUUAUUAUGAAAAUGAUUACAGGGAUUUAUUUCAAUGACCUCAAAUUUUUUCUUUUUCAUAUAUUUCUCCAACAUUGUUUCUUUCUUUCGUUAUUCUUUAUUUUUUCUUUUUCAUCAUUUCUUUCUUUCUUUCUUUCUUUUUUUUUUUUUCAUUCUUUUCUUUCUUUUUCUUUCUUUUUCUUUCACUCCUUUUCCGUUUCUUUCUUUUUCUUUCUUUCUUUCUUUUUCUUUCUUUUUCUUUCUUUCCUUUUCUUUUUUCCGUUUCUUUCUUUCUUUUUCUUUCUUUUUCUUUCUUUCCUUUUUCUUCUUUACGUUUCUUUCUUUCCUUUUCUUUCUUUCCAUUUCAUUUUUUCCUAUUCUUUUUUUCUAUUUCUUUCCUUUUCUUUCUUCCCUUUUCCUUCUUUCUUUCAUUUUCUGUCCUUUCCUUUCUUUCUUUCCUUUCCUUUUUUCCUUUUUUUCUUUCUUUUUCUUUCUUUCCUUUUCUUUCUCUCCUUCUUUCCUUUUCUUUCUUUCCUUUUCCUUUUACGUUUCUUACUUUCCUUCCUUUUCUUUCUUUCUGUUUCUUUCUUUCCUUUUCCUUCUUUCCUUUUCUUUCUUUCCUUUUCUUUCUUCUCUUUUCCUUCUUUCUUUCUUUCCUUUUCUUUCUUUCCUUUUCUUUCUCUCCUUUUUUCCUUUUCUUUCUUUCCUUUCUCUUCUUUCCUUUUCUUUCUUUCCUUCCUUUUCUUUCUUCCUUUUUUUCUUUCUUUUUCUUUCUCUCCUACUUAA